UACUGACCUGACAGGACGUGAUUUUUACACCAUGAACUCAGAUGCAGCUUUAUUGUUAGAAACUGUCCAAUUUGCCGCAGAGAAACACCGCAACCAGAAACGUAAAGAUCCAGAGGGAACGCCGUAUAUAAAUCACCCCAUAGGAGUGGCGAGAAUCCUCAGCCACGAAGGGGGCGUCACAGACAUCGAGGUUUUGCAGGCCGCCCUGCUUCAUGAUACAGUAGAAGACACCGACACCACCCCCGCAGAGCUGGAAGCUAAAUUUGGGGUAACCGUGGCUCGCAUUGUUCAGGAGGUGACGGAUGACAAGAGCCUGCCCAAGCAGGAGAGGAAGCGUCUACAGGUGGAACACGCACCUCACUGCAGCCAACAGGCCAAGCUGGUUAAACUGGCUGAUAAACUGUACAACCUGAGGGAUCUGAACCGCUGCACUCCUGUUGGUUGGACAGCUGAGCGGGUGCAGGAGUAUUUCCUGUGGGCCUCUGAGGUGGUGAAAGGCCUGAAAGGAACCAACUCAGCUCUGGAGAAGAAGCUGGAGGAACUCUUUAAAGAGAGAGGAGUCCAGCUCUGACAGCAGGGCCACAACACAGUGGAGAAAUGCAAAUAAAAUGCUUUUUAGUUUGUAAAUAUUCAAAAUAAAUCAAAUUUAAUUUACAUUACAGUGUCUAAUUUUCUGUGCAUGGUUUUGCAGGAAAGUUGAAUGUCUGAUGUUGUGGUGUUUAGUAGUUAAAAAGUAAAAGAUGUUACUCCUCAUUUGGCAAUUGUAGCUUGUGCACUGUGAUGGUCCGUUUAAAAAUAAGCCUAUUUAGAUAUAACACACAUUUGCAGGACUGCAU